CUGGUGCGGUUCGCGGCCGGCGGUUGCCGAGAGGACCUGGACGCGGCUGGACGCUGAGCUCUCUGUCCGGCGCCCGCCGCGGGGCACCACCAUGUCGCUGCUGCAGUCUGCGCUCGACUUCCUGGCCGGCCCGGGCUCCCUGGGUGGUGCUGCCGGCCGCGACCAGACUGAUUUCGUGGGGCAGACGGUGGAGAUGGGCGAGCUGCGUCUGCGGGUGCGGCGGGUCCUGGCCGAAGGAGGGUUUGCGUUUGUGUAUGAAGCUCAAGAUCUGGGAAGUGGCAGAGAGUAUGCAUUGAAGAGAUUACUGUCCAACGAAGAGGAGAAGAACAGAGCCAUCAUUCAGGAAGUGUGUUUCAUGAAAAAACUUUCAGGCCACGCAAAUAUUGUCCAGUUUUGUUCUGCAGCGUCAAUAGGAAAAGAGGAGUCAGACACCGGGCAGGCCGAGUUCCUGCUGCUCAUGGAACUCUGCAGAGGGCAGCUGGUGGAAUUUUUAAAGAAAAUUGAAUCUAAAGGUCCGCUCUCGUGCGAUACUGUCCUGAAGAUAUUCUAUCAGACGUGCAGGGCGGUGCAGCACAUGCACAGACAAAAGCCGCCCAUCAUCCACAGAGACCUCAAGGUUGAAAAUUUACUGCUCAGUAACCAGGGGACCAUUAAGCUGUGCGACUUCGGCAGUGCCACGACCAUAUCGCACUACCCGGACUACAGCUGGAGCGCCCAGCGCCGGGCCCUGGUGGAGGAGGAGAUCACCAGGAACACGACUCCCAUGUACAGGACGCCGGAGAUUGUGGACUUGUACUCGAACUUCCCGAUUGGCGAGAAGCAGGACAUCUGGGCCCUGGGCUGCAUUCUGUACCUGCUCUGCUUCGGGCAGCACCCGUUUGAGGAUGGGGCGAAGCUUCGCAUCGUCAACGGGAAGUACGUGAUCCCUGCCGACGAUACACGCUACUCCGUGUUCCACGGCCUCAUCCGUGCCAUGCUCAGGGUCAACCCCGAGGAGCGGCUGUCUAUCACGGAGCUGGUGAGCCAGCUCCAGGAGAUCGCGGCCGCCCGCAACGUGAACCCCAAGUCGCCUAUCACCGAGCUCCUGGAGCAGAAUGGAGGCUACGGGCACGCGGCCCCUCCUGGGGGCUCCACAGGCAGCGGCUGCGGUGGAGGCCUGGUGGUCGCCGAGUACGACCAGUCCUCUGGUGGGCUCCUGGACAUCCUGCGGGGCGGCACCGAGCGCCUCUUCACCAACAUCAAGGACACCUCCUCCAAGGUCAUCCAGUCCGUUGCCAAUUAUGCAAAGGGAGAUUUGGAUAUUUCUUACAUCACAUCCAGAAUUGCAGUGAUGUCAUUCCCAGCGGAAGGCGUGGAGUCGGCCAUCAAGAACAACAUCGAAGACGUGCGGUUGUUUCUGGACUCGAAGCACCCGGGCCGCUACGCUGUCUACAACCUAUCCCCGAGGACAUACCGGGCCUCCAAGUUCCACAACCGGGUCUCUGAGUGUGGCUGGGCAGCCCGACGGGCCCCUAGCCUCCGUAGCCUGUACAGCCUCUGCAGGAGCAUGCACGCCUGGCUGCGCCAGGACCCCGGGAACGUCUGCGUGGUGCACUGCGUGGACGGGAGGGCCGCGUCUGCCGUGGCCGUCUGCUCCUUCCUGUGCUUCUGCCGGCUCUUCAGCACCGCGGAGGCCGCCGUGUACAUGUUCAGUAUGAAGCGCUGCCCACCGGGCAUCUGGCCGUCCCACAAAAGGUACAUCGAGUACAUGUGUGACAUGGUGGCAGAGGAGCCCAUCAUACCCCACAGCAAGCCCAUCCUGGUGAAGGCCGUGGUCAUGACGCCUGUGCCCCUGUUCAGCAAGCAGCGGAAUGGCUGCCGGCCCUUCUGCGAGGUCUACGUGGGGGAUGAGCGUGUGACUACCACGUCCCAGGAAUACGACAAGAUGAGGGAUUUUAAAAUCGAGGAUGGCAAAGCGGUCAUUCCCCUGGGCAUAACGGUCCAGGGAGACGUGCUCAUCAUCAUCUAUCACGCGAGGUCCACCCUGGGAGGAAGGCUGCAGGCUAAGAUGGCAUCCAUGAAGAUGUUCCAGAUCCAGUUCCACACAGGGUUUGUGCCUCGGAAUGCAGCUACUGUGAAAUUUGCAAAGUAUGACCUGGACGCUUGUGACAUUCAGGAGAAAUACCCCGAUUUAUUCCAAGUGAACCUGGAGGUGGAGGUGGAGCCCAGAGAUAGGCCUGGCCACGAGGCCCCACCCUGGGAGAGUGCAAGCAUGCGGGGGCUGAACCCCAAGAUCCUGUUUUCCAGCCGGGAGGAGCAGCAAGACAUUCUGUCUAAAUUUGGAAAACCAGAACUCCCCAGGCAGCCGGGCUCCUCCGCGCAGUAUGACGCCGAGGCCGGGCCUGCGGAUGCCGAGCCCCCAGAGUUGGACUCGCCACACAGCAGCGGGGACACCGACCACUUUGUGCACACGCUGGACUGGCGGGAGGACGGGGACUGCGCAACAGCCCCAGAGGGUCACCUUGCCGAGGAGGGUCCGUCUGCCGCGGCUGAGGACGGACGUGUGAGCGAGCCAUCUGAUGAGGAAGCCCCAACGCUCUCAGCUGAGAGCGGGGACGUGGCCGACGAGGACACGCCAGGCCCGGACCUGCCGCAGGAGGACGGUGUGGACCUCCUGGGGCUGCACUCCGAGGCAGGGCCGGUGCCCCCCAUGCAGGCCCGCGGGGGCCCCCCCAGCAACGCGGACCUGCUCAGCCGCCUCCUGGGGGCCCCUGCGGCUGAUACAGAGGGUGCCGCAGGCGGUCUGCUCGGCGGGGAAGCGGCCCUACUCUUCACCAGCCCAGCCUCUGCCCCGAGCUCACGGACCACGGUCCCAGCCGCGGACCCAUUUGACCCUCUCCUGCUGCCAUCUGACCCGGACGCCCAGCCCCACUCCCAGCCCGACCUCUUCGGCGAAUUUCUUAAUUCGGACUCCGCAGCCGCCCUGCCUGCAUCCUUCCCUGCCACCCACAGCGCUCCACCCCUGGCCCUUGGCACCAACUUCCUGCAUCUGGGUGACCUGCCAGCAGAGCCCAGCAAGAUGGCAGCCUCUACCAGCCACCCAGACCUGCUGGGAGGAUGGGACGCCUGGGCUGAGGCUCCGGCCCCCGUACCAGCUGCAGAAGGCCCCUUCAUCUCUCCUGGAGGCCAGCCGGCACCUCCUGGCCCCCCAGCCAGCCAGACCAAGUCUCAGAGCCAGGACCCAUUUGCGGACCUCGGCGACCUCAGUUCCGGCCUCCAAGGCUCGCCCGCUGCACCUACUCCUGGGGGCUUCGUUCCCAAAACAGUCCCCCCUCCCAAGGCCAGUGGCUCCUGGCAGAUGAGUCGGCCCCCAGCCCAGGGCACCCCGUGGCCCCCCCAGGCCAAGCCAACCCCCAUAGCCAGUGUGCAGCCACGGCCAAACUACAGCUCCAGCUUCAGUGUGAUCGGCAGCCGGGAGGAGAGGGGGGUCCGUGCCCCUGGCUUUGGUCCAAAGCCAAGGGUGUCGGAGAACGAUUUCGAAGACCUGUUGUCCAACCAGGGCUUCUCCUCCCGGGCCGACAGGAAGGGGCCGAGGACGAUCGCCGAGAUGAGGAGGCAGGACCAGGCGCGGGACUCAGACCCCCUCAAGCUGAAGCUCCUGGACUGGACGGAGGGCAAGGAGAGGAACAUCCGUGCCCUGCUGUCCACACUGCACACGGCGCUGUGGGACGACGAGAGCCGCUGGACGCCCGUGGGCAUGGCCGACCUGGUGACGCCUGCGCAGGUGAAGAAGCACUACCGCCGCGCCGUGCUGGUGGUCCACCCGGACAAGGCCCGGGGGCAGCCCUACGAGCAGUAUGCCCGGAUGAUCUUCAUGGAGCUCAACGACGCCUGGGCCGAGUUCGAGAGCCAGGGCUCCCGGCCGCUCUUCUGAGCCCACGGGUCGUGGCUGCACGUGCGGCUUGUGGAGCUGGAAGCUGCUGGCUGGCCUGGAGGGUUGUGAGUGGGCCGGGGCGGCAU